ACACACACACACACAGGAGGAACAGCGCUCAGACACAGGCCUGUAUCAUGCCGGUUACAUGUACUUCAGUCGGGCGCGCUGCUAAUGCACCGCUGUCCUCUGCUGCCUGAGGGCUUAUGAGGAUUUGACGUUGUGGGAUUAGCGGACACAGACACGAGCUCGACCUAGAAUCAAACGACAAUGAGCCGUGCUCGAGCUGGGAGCUGAAACGGACCUCAGAAAAGACUAAGCAGAUAUGAGUCAGUUUCGGCCACUUGCCGGUGUCCUGCGGGGCAGUGGCCUGUGGAUGUUGGGUCGUACUGGGCCAGGAAGACAAGUGUUUAACCCUCAUCGAGGCUGUUCCUCUAGAGCUACUCAGCCAUCCCCUUCAGCCCUCAGUUCCAGCUAUGUGGAGGAAAUGUAUUAUUCCUGGCUUGAAGACCCCAAAAAUGUUCAUGAGUCUUGGGAUGCAUACUUUCGCAAUGCCCAGGCAAGCAGUCCAGCAGCAGAAGCAGAAGAGAGGCGUCCGUCCACUCUCCUCCAGGGUCGAGCCCUGUCUCAGACUCCAGCAAUGUCCCAAAAGGUGGUGGAAGAUCACCUGGCUGUCCACAACCUUAUCAGAGCCUACCAGAUCCGGGGUCAUCAUGUGGCCCAGCUGGACCCCCUUGGCAUCCUUACAGCUGACGUUGAUUCUUUUGUCCCUUCGGAUUUGAUAACAACCAUUGACAAGCUUGGGUUCUAUGGCCUGGAUGAAUCUGAUUUGGACAAGACCUUUCAGUUGCCAUCAACAACAUUUAUUGGUGGGCAACAAACCACACUUCCUCUCAGGGAAAUUAUUCGUAGACUUGAGACUUCAUACUGUGGUCAUAUUGGUGUGGAGUUCAUGUUCAUAAACAACGUAGAGCAGUGUCAGUGGAUCAGGCAAAAGUUUGAAAGUCCAGGCAUCAUGAAAUUCACUGAAAAAGAGAAGAGGACACUGCUGGCCAGGCUGGUGCGUUCAACACGGUUUGAGGAUUUCCUGGCCCGUAAAUGGUCUUCAGAGAAGCGCUUUGGCCUUGAAGGCUGUGAAGUUCUAAUUCCUGCCUUGAAGAUGAUCAUUGACAAGUCUAGUGCAGCCGGUAUAGAGAGCGUGAUCAUGGGCAUGCCUCACAGAGGUCGGCUGAACGUGCUGGCUAAUGUUGUUCGGAAAGAUCUGGAUCAGAUUUUCUGCCAGUUUGAUCCCAAACUUGAAGCUGCAGAUGAGGGCUCAGGAGAUGUGAAGUAUCACUUGGGUAUGUAUCACGAGCGGAUCAACCGGGAGACGGAUAAGGACAUCACCCUGUCUCUCAUGGCUAACCCCUCCCACCUUGAGGCAGUGGACCCUGUAGUGCAGGGCAAAACCAAAGCAGAGCAGUUCUACAGAGGAGACACAGAGGGGAAGAAGGUGAUGUCGAUUCUGAUGCAUGGUGAUGCAGCAUUUGCUGGUCAAGGAGUGGUCUAUGAAACAUUCCAUCUUAGUGAACUCCCCUCAUACACCACUCAGGGCACCAUACACGUUGUUGUCAACAAUCAGAUUGGUUUCACCACUGAUCCACGAAUGGCACGCUCUUCUCCUUACCCCACUGACGUGGCUCGCGUGGUCAAUGCACCAAUCUUUCAUGUCAACGCAGAUGACCCUGAGGCUGUGAUGCAUGUGUGCAGAGUGGCUGCAGAAUGGAGAAGCACCUUUAACAAGGAUGUGGUCAUUGACCUGGUGUGUUACCGACGCUUUGGGCACAAUGAGAUGGAUGAGCCCAUGUUUACUCAGCCUCUCAUGUACAAGCAGAUUCGCAAGCAAGAGCAUGUACUGAAGAAAUAUGCAGACAAGCUUAUCUCUGAGGGAGUGGUUACUCUGCAGGAGUUUGAGGAGGAAGUGGCUAAAUAUGACAAAAUCUGUGAAGAAGCGUACACCAGCUCCAAAGACGAGAAGAUCCUACACAUCCGCCACUGGCUCGACUCACCCUGGCCAAACUUCUUCACAAUUGAGGGUGAACCCAAGCGGAUGAGCUAUCCUCCUACUGGACUAAACGAGGAAGUCCUGAAGCACAUUGGCAAGACUGCCAGCUCUGUCCCUCUGCAGGACUUUUCCAUUCACAGUGGACUGUCAAGGAUCUUACGAGGCCGGUCUGACAUGAUUAGUAAACGUACAGUGGACUGGGCUCUGGCAGAGUAUAUGGCUUUUGGCUCCCUGCUGAAGGAUGGGAUCCAUGUGAGACUGAGUGGACAGGAUGUGGAGAGAGGAACCUUCAGUCACCGUCAUCAUGUCCUGCAUGACCAGGAGGUGGACAAGCGGUUUUGUGUCCCAAUGAACCAUCUAUGGCCGGACCAAGCCCCUUACACUGUGUGCAACAGCUCUCUGUCCGAGUAUGGAGUUCUGGGUUUUGAGCUGGGGUUCGCGAUGGCUAAUCCCAGUGCACUUGUGUGUUGGGAGGCUCAGUUUGGGGACUUCCACAACACAGCACAGUGCAUAAUUGACCAGUUCAUCAGUUCAGGUCAGGCCAAAUGGGUCCGCAACAAUGGCAUCGUCCUGCUUCUGCCCCAUGGAAUGGAGGGAAUGGGGCCAGAGCACUCGUCAGCACGGCCUGAGCGUUUCUUGCAGAUGAGCAAGGAUGACCCUGAUUGCUAUCCGGAAUUCACUGGAGACUUUGAGGUCCAACAGCUUUUUGACUGUAACUGGAUCGUGGUCAACUGCUCAACACCUGCCAACUACUUUCAUGUGCUGAGGAGGCAGAUCUUAUUACCAUUCAGAAAGCCGCUAAUCAUUUUUACUCCCAAGUCCUUGCUGAGGCUUCCUGAAGCCCGGUCCAGUUUUGAUGAGAUGACCACAGAAACAAAGUUCAGAAGAAUCAUACCAGAUGAGGGUUCUGCAUCGAAAAAUCCAAGCAAGGUGAAGAGGGUCAUCUUCUGCACUGGAAAAGUCUACUAUGAGCUGGCAAAAGAGAGGAAACAGCUCAAGUUAGAAGAUGUGGUUGCAAUUGUUCGACUGGAACAGAUAUCACCAUUCCCUUUUGACCUCAUCAAGGCUGAAGUUGAGAAGCAUCCUAAUGCUGAGCUCAUCUGGUGUCAGGAGGAGCAUAAGAACAUGGGUUAUUAUGACUAUGUAAGACCACGCUUCCUCACUGUGCUGUCCAACAAGAAACCAAUAUGGUACGUUGGUCGGGACCCUGCUGCAGCCCCAGCCACAGGAAACAAGUUCACCCACCUGGCAGAGCUCAAGAGGUUCAUGGACACCGCAUUUGACCUCAGUGCCUUUGAGGGAAGGAGCUUUUGAUACUAUUCUAUGCUUUGUUUAGAUAUAGUGAUUUGACCUCAUAUAUGCCUCGCUCUCAACGCACAUUACUAGCUCACCUGUAGCUUCAGAGAUAGAGCUUUCACUUUUUUAGAUGUAGAUGAUCUAUGCAAUCAUAUUUAGCAGCCUAGCAGAAAACAAAUAAGCACUGUGUAAGGUAAUAUUAAGCAUAACAUAGGACGUGAGAACAAUUUAGAAGAAAACCGAUUAGCAUAGUAUGGUGAACUGCAAUAUAUAUUGUAUUUACUGUAGGUCAACACUGAGAUCACAUCACACAGUUGUUUUUUUAUGGAGUAUGAACACUUUCUGACUAAGCCAUAUCCUUAUUCCCUUAUCUCUCUCUCUACUUACUGUCACACCUGGCUUCAUUCUGAGACAUCAAACAGAUGGCAUAGCGACAAGUAGCAAUAUUCUCUGUGGCUGUGCAUUAUUCUAUUUUUUUUUUU